AUGGAUUCCACAGUCGAUUUGGCCGAUGCCUCCAAGGCCUUGGAACUCUCUAGAAUCCGCUUCCAACUCAUCCGCCUCGAGGAUACCAUCACCUUCCAUCUAAUUGAACGGGUGCAGUUUGCCCUCAACAAGAACAUCUACAUCCCUGGCGCGAUAGAUAUCCCCAAUAGCGAACUGAGCUUCCUCGAUUGGUACUUCCGAGAGCAAGAGAGGCUGCAAUCGCUUAUCCGUCGCUUCGAGUCUCCGGAUGAGCAUCCCUUCUUCCCUGAUGCCAUCCAGAAGCCUCUGUUAAAGCCCCUCAACUACCCUAAGAUCUUGUGGAAGAACAACGUGUCUGUAAACGAAAAGAUCAAAAAGUUCUAUGUUGAGAAUUUCCUCCCGGCUGUCUGCCCGGAUUUCGGAAGAGAGGACCGGGGUGAGUCGGAGGAGAACUACGGAUCUACUGCUACAUGCGAUAUCGCCUGCCUGCAGGCCCUCUCACGCAGAAUCCACUUCGGAAAGCUGGUCGCCGAAUCCAAGUUCAGAUCCGAGGAGGAGAGGUUCACCCGCCUCAUCAAGGCCGAGGACAGGGAGGGCAUCGCCGAGGCCAUCACGAAACCCGCGGUGGAGAAGAUCGUCUUGGAUCGCCUCCGAUUGAAGGCUCAGACAUACGGCACCGACCCCUUCCAGCCAGAGGGCACCAAGGCCUCCGGCAAGAUCAACGUGGAGGCCGUGGUUUCCAUGUACAGAGACUUUGUUAUCCCACUGACAAAGGAGGUGGAGGUUGAGUACUUGAUGCAGAGGCUGGAGCCUGAGAAUUAG